GCAGGAAUGGGAGCAGGGAUGGGCGGUGGGAUGGACGCAGGAAUGGGCGUAGGAAUGGGAGGAGGGAUGGGCGGAGGAAUGGGGGGAGGAAUGGGAAUGACGUCACCAGGGGCAUGAUGACCCAUCCAGGAGGCACCAUCACACCAGCCAGCAGCUCCAAGCUCCAGACUCGAUCCGCCUCGCCCUUGCGGAUCAACCCCCGCGUGCCAAAGCUCGACAAAAUCCCAAUCUCCCUCACCAAGUCCCCUGUAGCCUCCCCUAGAGCAGCAGACAGGCCGCUGCUUCCGUUUGACGCACCUGUGCCUCAGAACCCGGCGUCCCCAAGUCGUCCAGCCAAACGUCCACCCCUGGACGGGUGUCUAGGGUGAGCUCGAUGAAUGAGGGGCCGGGGAGGGAUGUUGCAGGGCCGCCAGGAGGGCUGGGCUUCGGGCAGCAUUUGGGGCAGCAGCAAAUGGGGCAGCCGUUAGGGCAGCAAAUGGGGCAGCAACUAGGUCAGCCGUUCGGCCAGCAGUUAGGGCAGCCUUUGGGGCAGCAGAUGGGCCAGCAAAUGGGGCAGCCACUAGGGCAGCAGGUGCAGCAGCAGCUCGGGAGGGAAGGCAUGCUUCCCUGGCAGCAAUUCCCCAAGUCGUCCAGUCAAACCUCGAAUCCUGACACCCGCCCCACCCUGGCAGCCGCAGCACCAGCAGCAGUACCAGCAGCAGCAGCAGCAGCAAUUUCAGCCACCACCAUUCCCCCGAACCUCCAGCCAAACCUCCUCCCAUUACCCAACCUCCCCAGGCCAGGCCACCCCUGGAAACCUCUCCAGGGGAGGUUCCACUAACGAGGGCUCCAUGCUCGUGCCCCCAGGAGGCUCUCCUACAGUCACAGCAGGCUCAGCGUCAGCCGCUGCCUCUGCUGGCGGGGGAUCUGGUGGGAAUUCCCUGGGGGCUGGAUCUCUUAUGAGUGCCAGCAGCAGGAGCAUAAUCAGCCAGGGGUCAGGGGCGAGCAGCAUGUGGGAGGGGUCGGGGAGUGAGAGGGGAGGGAUGGAUGAGGAGGGCGACCCUUGGGUGCCUCAGAGGGGCCGGUGGAAGAAGGGCAGCAGGAUUGGUUCAGGGGGAUUUGGAUCCGUGUACAAAGGCUGCGACUUGGAAACCUCGCGUGUGUUUGCUGUCAAGGAGGUCAACAUCUCCGACCACUCCUCUAUCUCUCAGCUUGUGCAGGAAAUCGACACCUUGAAGAAAAUGCGCCACAAGCGGAUAGUCCGCUACCUCGGCUCGGAAACAGACGACAAGUGCAUGUACCUCUUUCUCGAGUACAUGGACACGUCCCUUUCCAAGUACCUGGAGGAUUUCGGCCCUUUGGAGGAGCACCAGAUCUCAAAGUACACGCGGCAGCUGCUGGAAGGGCUGGCGUACCUGCAUGACAACAACAUCGUGCACCGAGACGUGAAGGGGAAGAACAUCCUGCUAGAUACCAAGGGGAACGCCAAGCUGGCUGACUUUGGCGUAGCGAAAUACGUGGAAACGCCAGCAGACAUGUCGGGCAUGCGGGGCACUGUGUGGUGGAUGGCACCCGAGGUGAUCAAUCGGCGGGAGGAAGGCUACAACUGGCCGGUGGACAUCUGGAGCCUGGGAUGCACCAUCAUCGAGAUGGCCAUGAGGGUGGUCGAUAAGCGCCUGCGCAUCCCAUGGCUCGACCCCGAGGGCAGACCGCCCUGGGGGGCCAAUCCCACUGAUGGGAUGGCAGCUAUCCUGCGCAUUGGAGGCACCACAACCUCCCCGCCCUUCCCCAGCCACUUGUCAGACUGUGCCAAGGACUUUCUCCUCCACUGCCUCUCAGUGGACCCCUCCCGCCGCCGCCCUGCGCAUGUGCUCAUGCACCACGUCUUCGUGGCGGGCCCAGCUGGCCCCGUCCCCAUGCCCUUAGGGGCGGGGGGCAUGAGUGGUGGGGGGAUGAGUGCAGGGGGCAUGAGUGCAGGGGGGAUGAACGCAGGCCACAUGGACGCUCCUCCUCGCUCUCCCAGGUCGGUCCCCUCUCAACCCUCUUACCCCCCUUCGUGGGAGCAGCCCUUAUAUUAUCAGCAGCAGCCACAGCAGCUACUGCACCAUCAGCAGCAGCCGCAGCAGCAGCAGCAGCCCCUCCCCUGGCGCGAUUCUGGCCCAAAUCCAUCCGGCCCCUCAGGUCCGGCAUUGUCCGGACCUGGGAUGCACUCCGGACCUGGUCGGUACGGAUGGACAGACGACAUGGCUGCUCGGGAGUACAGCGCCGGACCACCCUAUGGUCCAGGCUCGGCUGCAGGCUUGGCAGCCAGUGGCGGUGGGAGGCUGAGUCCGCAGCCCGGUUAUCUACGAGGGGAGGAAGGGGGAGGGUUUGGAGGCACGGGAGGAGGAGGAGGGGGUAUGGGAGUGGGGGGAGGAGUGUUACCACCUGCUAGGACGCGCAGCAGCCCUACAGUUGACCUGAGAGAGAUGGUGGAUCAUGCAGAGGCCUUUUUUGCACCUGGUGCUGCUGGUAAUGGUGCUAGUGCUGGCAGUGCCAGGAAUGGCCCAGAGCCCUUGUUCGGGAGCAGUGGUAGUGGCGGCGGCGGCGGUGGUGGUGGUGGCGGUGGCGGUGGCAGUGGCGGUGGCAGGAAUGGCCCAGAGCCCUUGUUUGGUGGCAGUGGUAGUGGCGGCGGUGGUGGUGGCGGUGGUGGUGGCAGUGGUAGGAGUGAGCCGGAGCCUUUGUUCCCAGGAGGAACUGCUUCUGGUGCUUCUGGUUCGGGUGCUUCUGCUGGUGGCCCAGGCCCCGAGCCUCUUUUCCCGAGCCAGGACAACCGAACCUCACCUCCCGCCCCUCCUCAUUUUCAGCAGCAGCAGCAGCAGCAGCAGCUGCCACUGGAUCGCACGCGGAGCCCUGCAUCCAGUGAGCUUCAGAGCAUGGGGCUCACAGGCAGCAACAGCAACAACAGCAUCAAUUACCCUGUCAAAUCCCCGCCACGAGGCAAGCAAAAAUCCCUUUCCGGCCCUCUCACCCCUCCACGCAGCCGGCCUAGUCGGGAGUCAUCACGCACGUACAGCCAUGGCAUGCCUUCUCUACCAGACCAAGGGACGUAUCUGGAGGAGAGUGAGGGAGCGGGGGAUCGGCCGUACAGUGGUGGUGGGAAAUCCCAUGGGAUGGAGCAGGAUGGGUACUCGUCAUAUGACCGGGAGAGAGAACGGGAGAGGGAGAGAGGGCGAGAAUGGGAGAGGGAGAGGGAGAGGGAGAGGGAAGGGUACAACUCGAGGAGGACCGCGUCAGAGGCUGAUGCCAGUGCGUAUGCUCCCCAGGGUACUCCUCCCUACCACCUCCAGAACCAGCAGCAUCAUCCGCAGCUGCAGCAUCAGCAGCAGCAGCACCCACAACACCAGCUACAGUACAGAGGGAUGGAGCAGCGGCAGCCUGUACAGGAUCAGCUUAUAUCGAGACGGUCUCCCGAGCCUUCCCCUCCCCAAUCCCCAUCUUCUUAUGGGCGGGCCAAACCGCUGUUUGAUGAUGGUGGCAUGGGUGGCGGUGGCAGGGGCAGCAGCGGUGGUGGUACUGGAGGUGUUGGGGGCGGUGGGGGGAUGUAUGGGGGGCCACAUGGCCCUUCUCCCCCUCCUCCGCCUCAUCAUUUGAGUGCGAGGGGGGGUAGCGGUGAUGGGUAUGGCGGUGGGGAGGCCUAUGGGGGUGGAGGGCCGAUGGGGCAUUGGAACCAGAGGGACGUCUCCCCACAUCGAGCCUCCUCCCUCUCCAUCCCUCCCCACGAACACCACCCGCAUCACUUCUCAUCCCUUCAAGGCCCCCACACGGCUCCCCAGCAGCAAUCACGCGGCCCAUACCCCUACUCUUCGCAGCAAAACCCCUACCACCACCCCCAGCAAAACCCUUCCUACUCCCAGCGUUCCUACGAUCACUAUGCCCCGCCGCCCAGCCAAUACCAGCAGCAGAUGUGGCAAGGAGGGGGAGGGGGAGGGGGGAGGGGGAGGAGGAGGGGGAGGGGGGCGGAUGGGGGGAGGGUGGGAGCAGAAUGCAGAGGGCAUGGGUAUGUAUGGGUCGUCAGCCCAUGGCUCUGGUGGUGGCGGUGGUUAUCCUGGUGGCAUGAGAGGGGAUGUGCGAGGAGGCAUGGGCCCAAGCACGGGACCAGGCUCGGGAUCAGGUAUGGUUCCAGGUUCGGGACCUGGUAUGGGUCCCGGACCAGGGUCGGGCUUGGGACGGGGGGGGUUCAGUGGUGCCAGUGGCAGUGGUGGCAGUGGUAGUGGAUAUGGUGAUUAUAUGGGGGGCAAGUAGGGCUGGGAGGAAUCGGACGGACAAUGUCAACGGGAGAGUGGGAGCAGCGGCAGCAUCCUUCAUCGAAUCAGUACAUGCAUCAAAGUUACAGUAACGCACCAGUAUCCAGUAGUUACAAUGUGGGGGGAGGAGGUGGGGGGAGGUAUAAUGGUCCGGGUUCGAUGUACGGAGGGGGAGGGCAUGGGGUUUCCCCACCUCCCCCUCAGCAGUACAUGCAGCCGCACUGGCAACAGCCUGGGAGUGAACAGUUGCGAGGGUCGGGAGGAAGUGGUAACAUUAGUAAUAGUGGGGAUUUUGGCGGAAAGGGAUCGUCCGAAUGGCAGCAGUACCAGGUUAGGAGGGCAGCACAAGGCCAGCAGCAGCAGCAGCAUCAGUAAUAUUCGUGAAAUAUGAGUUGGCUUGUGAGGGCUAUUUAUUCGUUUAGAUGUAGGGGAUGUAGUGAUCAAUGGUCCAAAUCCAUGCAAAUUUGUGUUAGGUUUGUUGUAUGAAUGUUCUGGUGUUUGUCAUUAUUUAGCUAAAAGGUUUCU